CCGGGUGCGCUACCUGCGCGGCGCCGCCACGUGAGCGCCACAUCAGCGCCGCUCCGCGCGCUCCGAGCCGGCAGGAGCAGCAACGGCAGGCGGCAGCGGCCGCGCUCCCGCUCGGCGGCCCGGGAAGAUGCUGCAGUCGCUGGCGGGCAGCUCCUGCGUGCGGCUGGUGGAGCAGCACCGCUCCGCCUGGUGCUUCGCCCUGCUGGUGCUGGGCUACCUGCUCUACCUGGUGUUCGGCGCCGUGGUCUUCUCCUCGGUGGAGCUGCCCUACGAGGACCUGCUGCGGCAGGAGCUGGGCAAGCUGAAGCAGCGCUUCCUGGUGGAGCACGCCUGCCUGUCGGAGCAGCAGCUGGAGCAGUUCCUGCUGCGGGUGCUGGAGGCCAGCAACUACGGCGUCUCGGUGCUCAGCAACGCCUCGGGCAACUGGAACUGGGACUUCACCUCCUCGCUCUUCUUCGCCAGCACCGUGCUCUCCACCACGGGUUAUGGACAUACAGUGCCUUUAUCUGAUGGAGGAAAGGCCUUCUGCAUUGUCUACUCAGUCAUCGGGAUCCCAUUUACACUGCUUUUCCUGACAGCGGUGGUACAACGCAUCAUUGUUUAUGUCACCAGGCGGCCUGUACUGUAUUUCCACAUUCGCUGGGGCUUCUCCAAGCAGAUUGUUGCCAUCAUCCAUGCUGUAGUCCUUGGGUUCAUCACUGUCUCAUGCUUUUUCUUUAUCCCAGCAGCAAUUUUUUCUGUUCUGGAAGAUGACUGGAAUUUUUUGGAGUCUUUUUACUUUUGUUUCAUUUCCCUGAGCACCAUUGGCCUAGGAGACUAUGUGCCAGGAGAAGGCUACAAUCAAAAAUUCAGAGAGCUGUAUAAAAUUGGAAUUACAUGUUACCUCUUGCUGGGCCUCAUCGCAAUGUUGGUGGUUCUUGAGACUUUCUGUGAACUCCAUGAGCUCAAAAAGUUUAGGAAGUUGUUUUAUGUGAAGAAGGACAAGGAAGAGGACCACGUGCAUAUAAUGGAACAUGACCAGCUCUCCUUCUCCUCCAUCUCAGACCAAGCAGCCUCCAUGAAGGACGAUCAGAAGGCAAAUGAGCCUUUUGUGACUUCUCAGUCCCCAGCUUCCAAUGACAGCUCUCUAAAUAAUUAAUACAGGGGCAUCCACAACGUUGUUUUGGUGCAUUUAUGCUACUUAUUAUAAGAAAUAGAAUGUAUCUUUUUUUUUCCUGAAAAUUGAAGCUGGAAGACUGUGCUAUUUUAACAAAGAUUCAUCACUUCUAACAUAGAAAAGACUUCUGGGGAAAAGUGUGGGAGCCACCCUGGGAAUAGGGAAAGAAAUGCAGGAUGUGAUUGGGAACAUUAGGCCAUUUUGCUUGAGACAUAAAGAGGUGGGAGUACUACUUUCAGAGGCGCCAGAGAGAAAGGCUCGGAGAAGCAACUUCAUCUGUCUUUAGGAGAGUAGGGCCUUCACUGAAAUCCAGCUUGUCUGGUUGCAUGCCCUGUCUUACAACAUGAUGAAAUUUUGCGAUAUACACUUUUAUCUGAGAAAGGUAGUCACAGAUUUAUUCCAAACACGCCAAAUAUCUUCAUCUGGGAAAUAUUUCCAGAGCAGUAUCUGUAGACUUGCUGGAGGGGAGUAUCUAGCUCAUCCUCCUGUUGCCCAGUAACUUUCAUGCGCAGGCAAUAACUCUAGGAAUGAAAAAACAGGGCUCUGUCCCUUCCUCUGCCCAGGCCAUUUACAUUCAAAUUUCCUACUUCCUUAAAAUGUCCCCAAAUAACAGGAAAAAUGUUCUGAAGAGAAUGUGCCUUGAGUCUUCCAUGCUGUUUUGCUUUGUUAAAAAUGCUUAUGUAAACUCUGAGAGGUAGCAAAAGCCAUUCAAAAGUGCUGGAUGAUAGGGCUGUAGGGAAGUGAAAGUCCUCUUCCUUCUGAAGUGAGUAGGAAUGUUUUGGGUUUUUUUUUUUAGCUGAAUGGAACAAAAUGAAAACAGGAACUGAAAUUCAGCAUAUGCCAUUUUUGCUGUAGUGAAACACUUAAAGCAUGCUCCUAGAUGAGGAUUGAAGUCUUAUAAGCAGAGUAAGGCCUCAACGCUGUUUCAUCUACAGUACAACCCACCAUGUGCUGAGCUGUUAGGCAUCUGGAGGAAUAGAAGUAGUGUCAUCUUUGAACACAGCCCCUUCAUUUCAUUUUCUAGCUAGUACUCAGAGCACUUCGGAGGAGAAUGGAACGUUUCCAAACAAUUUUUUCAGUUUUUCAUAUGGCAAGAAAACAGGAAAAAUGUCAUAUUUGGUUCAGAUGGAACCGGAUGGUACCGAAUUUUUUUCCCCUUGGGAAAAGUCACUACAAAGUCAAGAUCCCACUCAACUUCUGAAGCUGGAGCCUCUUUGGCUGUAACAGGAGAGGCGUUUUAGUCCGGCUACCUGUCACUGUGCUGAAUGCAGGGACCUCAAAGUGAAUUUCAGGGAGCAGGAGAUGAGACUAAGUGGUCACAGUACUCUCUUCUGGCCUUAAGAAUCUAUGAAAUGGGAAUCUCAGUAAUGUUUUGCAACGAAUAAAAGAUCCAGAGCACAAAUAGCCAUAUUAGGAAAACCUCCCACAUAGGAAUAGUGUAGAGGAGAGCCUUUUCCCUGCAGUGCAAGCAUGCGAGAUUGCCUGUAAUUUGGCUUGUAGUGUUUAGAGCUGAAGAAUAUUUUACUGUAAAAGAAAAAAAAAUGCAGCUUGUCUAGAAUUAGCUCACAUGGGAAAAAUACUUGAAAGUAAAUAACCCAAAAUAUUCUGUGUUUCAGCUUAAUUAUAGCUAGUAUCAAACUGAUUUUAUAUCUUUACUGGAAAAAAAACUUACUUUAUGGCUAAAUCAACUAAAAGUCUUCAAUUUAUAUUUGUAGAAAAUCAGAGCUAAAGGUUUUGGUUGUUUUGGGUUUUAUAGAUUAGGUGAGAGCAUACUGUGUUUGCAUGUUCCCAGGAAAGUGGCUAUUUUUAUACUGCUUAAGUUAACACAGUUCUAUUUAUAACAAAUGUUAACCAAUAUAUAUGUACAUAUAUACAUAAAUAUAUUUAUAUACUGUACAUAUAUCAUAAAUCACCAGAGUUUAAUCAACUUAGGCACAGCAUUUUGAAUUUUGUUUUCCUAGACUUCUCUUUAUACAAUGAACAAUAGGAAACUAUGGCAUAAAAUAACUCUGGCAUAAAAAUAAGCAUACUGUACCACAAGAAAUAUUGAUACUGUUUUUUUUUCAGUGAAAUUUUAUUGCCAUCAGUACCUUAAAAUUUAAGGUUUCUUUUAAUUUCAGUGUAACAUUAAGCUGUAAAGGAUAUGCACAGAUGCUAAAUGACAUACAAAAUAGUUUUGCAAUGUGUACACAAUUGCAAAAUGUAGACACGUUAAAUGAAAGCACAGAAUUCAAAGCAGAAGCGAUAAACUAAGCAGUAAUACUGUGAUGUAGGUAAGUAUUUGUUAUUUUGAACUUAAAAAGGGUAUGGCUUUUGGCUGCCUGCACUCUGAAUUGAGGAGUGUUUUCUUAGUAGUGUGUGUGCGUGCACAUACUGUGCAAAAAGCCUGUCUGCAUUUGUCAAGAUUGUGUGUCCUUUAGUCUUCCUCAACACAAGGAGAGACUGUUAAUGCCAGAGUGUGCUACCUAACCUUGAAACUGAUUGUAGCUUAGCAUUGUAUUGGUUAUUCGUAUAGAAAAAAAGCAUUCCAAAGUGUGUGUGUUUUUGUGUCAGAUGCUGACCGAUUAUAGCAAAUAAAAAAUAGUGACAUAACAUUUACUUUGUCUUUAUAGCCUAACUACUGCAGUAUUCGAGGAAAUCAAUAAAGACUGUCAUUGCCAGUUAUCAGUA